CAUCUUGAAUUGUCCCGACCAGAGGAGGCGAGAAGGAGACGGACUUGGGAAAAACCAGCUCGUCCUAAACUCGAUAGCUGCUUGAGCUACACGGAUUAACAGCAGCUUUAGAGGUUAUUGCUAACAUAUGAUACUGUUUCCACUUGCUCGUAGAAGUUAUUUCGACGGAAGAAGGCUGUUUGGCUUACUUUGGAGGCUGAACGGAGACCGGAGGGAGCCUCGCUUGUUUCCCUGUUGGAGCGGACGGAGCUGUGGUUGUAGCCGGGCAGCCCCGCCGGAGAGUCGGGAAGAAACUAAAGCUUCCACGCGGAAUAUAACAGCAUAAAUACAAGACUUGGACAUCCACUUUCCACUGUAGGCGACUGUGGAUGCUAAACGCUUCGCCUUUUUGACGUUUUAAAGCUAUGCAAAGGGGCUUUUUCCGAGGAUACGUUUGAUUGGAGGACGGCGGAGUGCGCUUGAUUUCCAGUCCGAUGGAUGUUAGCCCUGCCCGGCUGUGGCUCGGCUGUCCUCUCCGCUGGUUUGAAAAGAGCAGGUUAAACACCUCCAGGCACAGGUGAACACGUAGGUUCAUAACAAUGCUGCAAACCUGGCAAGUGAAUGACAGCUCCGGCUCGGGUGCCAAGAAGUCAAGUGUUUGUGUGUAAACCUGGAAAUACCACCAUCUUCUUCAUCAUCAUCACCCUCCUCUUCUUCGCUUCUCCUUUUUUGGACUAGUAAGGCUAGCAUUACCUGGGAUAUUCUGGAUUCAGGCUCGAUUUUGACAUUUUAAAAUGUCCUUUUUGCAAAGACAGUGCUCUCUGGAGCAACAAGACAUUUAAUUUGACUCUUUGACUUUUUUAGAUUUUGUUGUUUUUUGUUUGUUUGUUUUUUUAUUCUCUUUCCAGUCAGAGGAUCAGAUUCGGAUGGAAAAUGGGAGACGCCACCAAACUGGCCUUCGCCGUUUUCCUCAUCUCCUGCUCUUCAGGUGCCAUCCUGGGACGCUCGGAGACUCAGGAGUGCGCCUACUACAACUCCAGCUGGGAGAAGGAACGCACCAACCGCAGCGGCAUCGAGCCGUGCUUUGGCGACAAAGACAAGCGGCGGCACUGCUUCGCCACGUGGAAGAACGUGUCCGGCACCAUAGAGAUCGUCAAGCAGGGCUGCUGGCUUGACGACGUCAACUGCUACGACAGUAACGAAUGUGUGGAGAAGAAGGAGAGUCCGGACGUCUUCUUCUGUUGUUGUGAAGGCAACAUGUGCAACGAGAAGUUCCUGUACGCUCCUGAACCGCCCCCACAGAGCGACCCGCACCACUCGACCGCCUACACCACUUCCAACCCAUUUUCCCAGAAGCCUCAGCUCUUCAGCACCCUUCUCUACUCCUUGGUUCCCAUCAUCGGUUUGGCCGCCGUCGUCCUCUUCUCCUUCUGGAUGUGGAGGCAUCACAAACUGGCUUACCCAGCUGCCCUCGUCCCCACACAUCACGCCUUUCACAUUAUGGUGGAGGAUCCCGGGCCCUCACCCCCAUCCCCCCUCAUGGGACACAAACCUCUGCAGCUGAUCGAGGUGAAAGCCAGGGGGCGCUUUGGGUGUGUUUGGAAAGCCCAGCUGCUGAGCGAUUAUGUGGCCGUGAAGAUCUUCCCCAUUCAGGACAAGCUGUCUUGGCAGAACGAGUACGAGAUCUACAGCGUGUGCGGCAUGAAGCACGACAACAUCCUCCACUUCAUCGGCGUGGAGAAGAGGAACAACAACCUGGACCUGGAACUGUGGCUCAUCACCGCCUACCACGACAAGGGCUCCCUCACCGACUACCUGAAGGCUAACGUGGUGUCAUGGAACGAGCUGUGCCUCAUCACUUCGACGGCAGCCCGCGGCCUCGCCUACCUCCACGAAGACAUCCCGGGCCACAAAGACGGACACAAGCCCUCCAUCGCUCACAGGGACAUUAAGAGUAAGAAUGUGUUGUUGAAGAAUAACCUGACAGCCUGCAUCGCCGACUUUGGCCUCGCUCUGAAGUUUGAAGCAGGAAAAUCAGCAGGAGACACUCAUGGACAGGUGGGAACACGCCGCUACAUGGCUCCUGAAGUCCUUGAAGGUGCCAUCAACUUCCAGCGAGACUCCUUCCUGCGCAUCGACAUGUACGCCUUCGGCCUCAUGCUGUGGGAACUCGCAGCACGCUGCACGGCCGCUGACGGCCCGGUGGACGAGUACAUGCUCCCGUUCGAGGAGGAGGUGGGUCAACAUCCUUCUCUGGAGGACAUGCAGGACGUGGUCGUUCAUAAGAAGCUGCGGCCCUGCCUCAGAGACUGCUGGCAGAAACACGCGGGUCUGGCCAUGCUCUGUGAAACCAUCGAGGACUGCUGGGACCACGAGGCCGAGGCCCGCCUGUCUGCCGGCUGCGUAGAGGAGCGCAUCGGCCAAAUGCAGCGCCAAGCCCCCAUCAUCGGCCCCGAGGAGAUUGUCACCGUGGUCACCAUGGUGACCAACGUGGACCUCCCACCCAAGGAGUCCAGCUUAUGAUUCAUCUGACAAGCUCAUGGAAACACGGAUCAGCACGAGGGGAUGAACGGCCGACCCUGGUUGGUUGGCGUUCCGGGUUUUUUUCUCUUUUUUUUUUCUUUUCCCUUUUUUUUUUCUCUUUCUUUUUUGUUGUUCCUUUAAGUGCGGGCCGCUACUUCAGGAAACACCCUGCGCCCACCUCACCACAUCAGUUGUUAUCCACCUCAUUUUGAUAUGUGUGCCUGAGGAUUUAAACGUUGGAGAAAAACUCUCAACCCGAGCAAACCAUUCAGGAUUUUAACGAGUGAAAGUGUCGACAUGCUGGGACAAAACACUUUUAUCAUGUAUUGUUUUUAUACACACACACUCACACAGGAGGGCGACCUGUUCUGCUCGGGUUUUCUACGGAGAGAGGAGACCCGGCGGGGAAAUUUCACAGAACUCUCAGUGCAUUUUACUGUAAAAAAAAAAGAAAAAAAAAAAAGACGAGCACCUGGCUCUGGAUACAUUUGCUGUUUUCUCGUGUGCGUUUUUUUUCUGAAGAAACGACUAUCGUUCUGCCAAUAAGCAACGGCUUCUGAAUGUUUAUAGUGUAAUGCUGCUGUACAUAGUGUAUUAUGGACCCAGACGACUUGGUAAUCAAGCUUAUUUUAAAAGGGGGGAGGGGGGUGAGGGGGACGGGGAGGGGAGGGGAGGGGGGGUCCAUUUUCAAGCAUUACGACGAUAAGAAAACCAUAAACCUCCUUCAACCAGGUAUACCUCACUUCAGAUGGACACAGUUUAAAUUUCCCUCUUCAAAGUCAUGGCUCACACUUUUUUCUCCACCACUUUGGCUCGUCACAUCCACACUAUCCGUUCUAAGCCCCAUGGGUAAUGUAGUCCGCUAAAGCCUCGAUACGCAUCGCCAUAAAAAACACAAGUUUCUCCCUUUUCCCUCCCCUUUCUCAGUCUCACUUUUAUAGAUUUUUUUGGGGACUGAAUAACAACUUUGGUUAGUUUUGUUUUCUUCUGAUCAUGGUAGAAACAUCCCCCCCUGUGAUGAAGUGGUUGUUUAAAGUGAUUUUUACAGUUUUUUUGGUUUGCCGUGUUAACUGUCAACGGUGUCAUUUUGCACGUGAGAUCUGGUUAUUCUGAUUUUUUUUUUUUUUUUUAUAUAUCUCUCUGGAUUGGCGCUGGGUACCAUCUAAACAUACCUUCAAAUAUUUGGUAUUAGCACCAAGUUUUUAAAGUGCUCAAAGAUGGUCAACCUUUUGGAUCAUGUUCUUCUUGUUCCUUGUAUCAUGCGUGGUCUGAUUCUGCUAAGAAAUAAUCAACAAAAUAGACCCAAAUUUGCAGAAGAUUUGAAUUUGAGUUGAGGGUACCCAGCCCUAGUACGGAUUUAAACCUGUAUUUAGCUGAGCCAGCUUGCUUUUUAAUUUGACCGCACACACACAUCUCUCUUUUUGUUGUAUUACUAUCAAGAGUCUCUUUUGAUACACCUCAGGAAUCUUUGCUACUGACCACAUCCUCCACCUCUUCCUCCUCAUCCUCACCUGUCUCAGACUGGAAUACCUCCUCUUUCGCUGAUUCUUCCGCUUCCUCUCUUUCUUUCUCUUUCCUCGCCUCAUCUCUACUUGUUGAGGGUUUAGCCGUGCUGUCAUGCCCAAGAACACUAAAACAGAGUCUUCUAUAUUUUUUAGAACCAGACAGAUUUGAUUGCGAUUGUUAACUUAGCCUGGCCGGGUUUGUUUCCAUUUUUUGGACCAGCCCAACCCGUCUUCAUCCUCCUGAGAAGCAUGAAAAACUCUAAAUCUUGCUGUGUUUAAAUCGUUUUUGAGACUUAAUUGCCUUUGUUGAUAGUGUCUUUUUAUCAGGAUUGAAGGGUUGAGAUAUCUGGGGUUAAUUGUUUUUUCUGGCAUUCUGAAUUAAACGCUUAAAGUUCUGAAAAGCUAGGGUUACUAGCGUUCAAAGCUACCUGCUCUGGGUUUGAAAAGUGCUGAAACACCUAUAUUUACAUGCCGUUUUCUGUCACUCACACAUGUCUAAAAUGACUGGUUUUAAAACUUCUUCGACUCUAAACGAACAAUAACACGGCUAACCAAACUCCACGAGUUGAGACGAGGAUCCUCUUCUUUCCCUCUUUCAUCCUGGUGCCAUUUCUACGUAUCCACAUUAGUUACUCUUGUAGAUGUCAGGCAAAACGGAUGUAUCUGUCACUGCUGCGACGGCAACAAUGACGUUUUUUUUAAAUCGUUUCUUUCUUCUGAGGGACAUUGAACACUGGUGCCGGCAGACCUGCAGUCUCUCCUCAAGCUUUGGGACGGUUUCAGGAUGAUUAGUUUAAAAUCAAGCUGAUGAAAAUCAAUUAUUUUAGGGUCAGAAAGAUUUAAAAUAUGAAGAAAUGUAUUUAUAUAGAAACUUUACACAUUCAGGGCAAUACAUGAUUAUUCUUUCUCUAUAGCAUGAUUAGCAUUUUAAGAAAACGUACUGUAGUGCUUGAGAUUUAGAAAAGCGAAAGGUUAAAACAAAUUCACGAGUCUGAAAUUUAGCUGAAUACCGGUAUUUGUUUUGUAUCCACCUAUCCUGCGAUUCUGUUAUCAUUUUUCCUUCUUUUCCAAAUUUUAGACCUUAAAGGCUAAACUUUGCUUUGCAUUCACAAAUUAUUGUUUUUUCCUGACAAAUGCCCACUUUCUACCAAAACAACAACUGUGACAACUACAAAAUGGUUUUUUUUAGGGCCAGAUCUUUUCCCCAUUACUGAAUUCAGACCCUGGUUCUUGUGGUCGAAAUGCACAUAGUUCCUCAAAUGGUCCCCAGUUCUGGGGGACAGUUCCUCCUGUCGAAAAGGGGCUUAAGAAUCAUAAUUGUCCCCAGUAAUCCCUCCAAAACUGUGAAUAUUUGGUCAUUUCUGAGGAAGUGAAAGCAGUUACAAGUUUGGAAUAAAGUUUGAGCACGUGCUAAAACAACAACACAGUAAACCUGUAGGAAGCAGAAGCCAUCAUCUUAUUCGCUUACUGUAGCAUGAGUACGAUACUUGCAUAAAUAUCGCCAUUGACUCUCCUGAAGCAGGGAGAUCAGCAGUACUGCAAAUCCCAGCAGCCCUUUGAUUAACACUACCUCACUCACAGGGAUUUCUUCGGGGUAGAGAGUAUGGCAAAUGCACCCAAAAUAUAGUUCCUCUGUCAUGAAAAGAGAUCCAAAUUUGUGGCAAAAGUUAUUCAGUUUGUUGUUAAGCUUGGAGAAACUUCCCAAUUCUGUAAUUUCUCGUUAGAGUUAAACAUUUUCCCAAUGUAUUGGAUGUAUUGUUUCCUUCCUGAAUAUUUGUAAAGUUGUUCAUUUUAAGGAGGAAAAGGAUCAUUCAAUUUUAAAUACAUAAAAAACAGGCAGAAAGGUAAAAAAGAACACCAGUGUUAUCUGAUUUUUGUGCCCUCAAAAGCAAAACUUGACAGUAUUUCUGCAGUCAGGUGGAUUUUUAAAUUCUGCCUCCAAACAGCAACAACAACAGAAGAAACAAAACUGCCAGUGUUUGGUUGGUAGCCACAUCGAUGUUCAGCUUGAGUUUAAAUGGCGCUCAUGAAACUGUCCCAAACCGACAAAUACCAUUCAGGGAUUCAGUACUAUGCUUUUCUAAGUUCUCGCGAGUUAUAUGCAACCAGUGCCGCAAACUACCCUACACUUCUGUAGGAUCAGCUGCAGGAGUGACUUUCAAUAUACACAAACACACACGAUUAACUUGUAGCAUUUUAAUUUUGUUUUUUAAAUAUUGCAUAUUGAUAUGUUGUAUUUAUUUUUUGAUUUACAGGCCUGAGGUUUUUGGGGAAUCAGAGCUCAGGUGCAACUCAGAAUAACGUUGUAAGAGUUGGCACGAUUGUUGUUGUUUUUUUGGGGGGAGGGAAUGGGGGGGGGGGGUGUUUUUGGUUGUAAUUCAGGAAAUACUUUCAUUAAUUCAAAAAGAAAACAUAUAAACUGUAACGUGCUUCUUUCUAUUCAGUCUAUGGACAAAAACGACCGAGAAUGAAUGUUCUUCAGACUUCUGGAUUCCAGUAUUGUGUGUACUUUGAUGGAUUGAGCCCGGCCCUGUGUAACUUUAGAGGGCUUUGCGUUUGGCUGGUUUCGUGUGAUUGUGCCCUGUCGUCGUAGAAACCAGUAAAACCGACAAACUUGGAGAGCCAUUCAUACACCUCUUUGUAUGAAAGAAAGACCUGAACUACUUUAAGGGCAAUGAACUAGCAGGCUAACCGUAUUAUCUGUUUUAUGAUCUUUUCCUGUACAUGUGUAAGUAGUAUUUCCUGACAGAAAAUCUCAUCCUUAUUUAUUUUUAAAUGUCUAAUGUGAAAUUCAACAAUAUAAAAAAAAUGUCUGUUUCUGACACCUACCCCGCCAAGUGUUAAAAAUAACUACAUAGUAUUAAUCAGUUUUAUCUCUGAUUAUCUUGAUCCCUAUUGUAGGACAUAUAAAGACGUCAGUAAUGGUAUCAGACAGUUUCACAGCCAGUUGAAAAACUCCUCACAGGAGCUUUAAGACAAAUUUUGCACUUUAAUGAUUAAUUGGAAGAUUUAGUUCCCAGUUGCACAAAAAAUAAGACAAGUCUUUUCAUUUGUUUUUGGCCUUUCUUCAAAUUUGAUAAAGCACUUGAAUUUCCAAGAAAAAACUCUGCUUAAGAUCCUCAAUUUAAAAUAAAUUUCUUGCUCAGAAUUUUUGCAACAGUUGAGGCAGUUUGAGACAAUCUCGUACUCCACUUUGUAGAACAAUCACAGAUGAGCUUCCCCUAAGAUUUUGAAUAUCUUCAACCUUUUUGGUCUCAACUCAAGUCCAGGAAUAGUGUGAACGUUGUUAUUUAAAGGUGUAUGAAUGGGUUUCUCCAGCAGGCAGGCUUUACAGUUUUCUACCCGACGUCCUCCAGCCCAGCACCUCACAUUGCUGUGCAUAUAAACUACCAGUGAAACAUUUGUGUCUUGUUGCCCCGCCCCCACUAUUUUAAACAGUCUAGGAUGUGUACAGACAUGAGAACAUAAAUACCUGUAUCAACUAUAUACUCUUGAGCUGAAUCUUUAUAAGUGCGUGUUGAACUUCAGUGUUUCCUCUACAUUCAUUUAUACUUUACUUGUGUUUUGACUCGGCAGCUGGGCUCAACUUGGCUCAGCUGCAGAUAAAAAAUCGUCCUUCACUUUAAGUUGAGCUUUGUGUAAGCUAAAAGCUAGAGGCUCAUUGGAGUACUUUGUAAGGUAUCCCAGAAAGCACUUAACGGUGUGUUGGCAGAGAGAAAUUGACAGACAUUUGGCCCACAGCAUUCCACAAGGAGCCUGUCCAGGUCCCCUUACGGUUGCAUUUUAAAGACUCCCUGAAGCUCUUUAAGAGCACAUGCAAUACUCCAUAUGUGAUAAAACAAUCACCCACUACAGGUAUUUCAUUCCAGCAUCUCAAUCUCCUGUUUUUUCCAACUGUUGGCAAGAAUUUUAGAGGAAACAUUGAACUCUAAUGACCUCCCGCCAAGUCUGUCUUGGCAGCAGGAUUAGUCGGGUUGCCAGGCCUGAAAUUUCUACUAAAAAAAAGAAACACUACAAGCAUUUUUGACCCCACAUUUCUCGAGGCUCUUGAGUUGCAGCGCUGAUCCAGGAUCUGCCAACGCAGUCUGUCGUGAUAAUGAUGCUCGCGGGGUUUGUGGUUUUCAAAGCUGGAAGAUCACUUUUGGUCACGAAGCAGACGUGGGAUGAAAAAAGUGUCUACAAUGAGGAAAGAUGUCUUGUUUUUGUUCUGUUUUUAACUCCUGAUACAUGUGACUUUAUGCUUUGUGUUACUGGCAAUAAAUGUGAAAUAGGACAAGACGCUGAGGUCUGGAAUUUCAAACUGGAAUUACAACAAAAGCAUCCCACCAGGAGUUUUUUGAGCAAGUAGUAUUAUUAGUUUAGCAGAAGAAAUCCUGCGUACAUUAUCACAGAGGAGACAACACUGAUCCCUUGUCAGCGCUGCAACUCUGCUAAUGGUUUUUAUCAGCUGAAGUGAUCCACGUGAUGUAAAUAAAUGUGUUUUUAGAUUGUGAA